AUGGAACCCAAUUUUAAACCGAAUUCUGAGAAAAAAGGAGGAGGUUCAUCUGUAGCACCAGCUUAUCAUAGAAUGAACUUCCUUCUACAGGUGAGCCAACAAUAUGCAUUACUUUCGAAUGAGCUCUCUAGGUAUUGUUAUAGUCAGGCAAGAGAAAUUUCAAGAAAAAAAUUAGCUAGAAUUGAUCCUGAAUCAAGGAGAUUAUGGUGCAAAAGAUGUAAUACCCAUUUUAUUUCGGGCAUUACCUGUGAAUUGAUACUUGAAGAUAAGAUUAUUCACAAUAGUAAUGAUAAUAACAAAAAUAGCAUUAAAACCAAUAUAUUUAACAAGUGUAAUUAUUGCAAUUGGAAAAAAAGACAUUCAUAUAGGGUUUUUGACGAUUUUGAAGAUGACCAGAAAAAUGCAAUUACUGAUCAGUAG